AUGAGCAAGAGUAUACAAAACAGAAAGGUCAUUGACUUAACAAUGUUUUCUAAAAGCACAUUCACACUAACAUUUGCUAUUGAAAUUCUUGGUAUGGACGUCUGGCACGACUGUAAUGAAGGAUGGUUGGAUCUCGGCCCGUGCCAUCAAGCUAUAAAGUUACAAUACCAACUUUACCCAGAACAAACUUUUGAUUUAGACGUAUUAAUAUGGCCUCAUGUUGCUAAGAUUUGGUGUGGAGGACAAUACGGCUAUGUACGGACGUGGCAGUUUUUGGAGAGGCGUUGGUUCGCAUUUUCGAUUCGACACGCUUUCCCAGUCAGAGUACUCGAUUUAAUGAAUCACUCGGUUGUUAUUAAUUGUGCUAUGGGACUUAACGCUCUUAGUAAUAAUGCUAAGAACGAUAAGAAUAUUGAAGCAUUUCUUCCGUCAUUAAAAUUUGGGGAUCAACGUUAUUUUGCUCCAGUAUUGGAAGCGGAAGAAACAUUUGAAAAAAAUAUCCAAGACAUGAUUUGGCACGUCAUUGAAGGCCAUAUACCAUCUUCAUAUUUAGAUGGAACUUUUAACACACCAUCUAAUGUUACAGAUAAAAGACAUCAAGACGCUGUUUUAUUUAAAGUAAAAGAAAUUAUUUUAAAAAAUAAUUUACUAAUAAAAGAAGACGUAGCAGUAGAAUCAGAUGAGUUGAUAAAGUCGAAAAAUAGAAGAGAAUCUAAAAUAGCCAAGGAAAAGGAAAAAGAAAAAAAGAAAGUAGUCGACGUACAAAAAGAAAAAUUUAUGAUAAGUUUAUCAGGAGACGCGAUUAUGGCUGGUACUGGAAAAAUUUCCACUUUUGGAUAUUCUGGUGAACGUCCACAGGAUCAAAGUGAUAUUAUAGUAUUAAUCAGUACCAAUAAUCUCCCAGCUUACGAUGAUUUACCGAUCAUAUUUGUUAACAUUGGACCCUUAUAUGAUGCACCAUUAGUAAAAUUUAAAAAGGCAAGAAUAACACAAAUAUAUACAAGAUGGAAGUUAAAUGGUGAAGAACAUGAUUCAGAAAAACUAAAUAUAAAAUCAGCACAAACUAUUGAUUUUAAUGAUCAUCAUAUUGUUCCUCUACAACUUGCAAAGGCUUCUGAAGUCACAGCGACGUUUUUAGAUAAUCCAUUCGAAAUUCAGCUUCGUGGAUUGAGAAAUCCUGAUCUAGUAUAUAACUAUGAAAAACUUUUUGGAAACGAUAAAAAUGAUCGUAAUUUCGAUAUUAAAUUACCAUCUAAUAUCACCAGCAAUGACGAAGAUAUACUAAUCGCUGUUACAAAAAUAGAUGCCAGCGCAAUUUCGAAAAGAAAUAGUACUAUUAUAUCAGGAGAUUUUUCUCUCUAUCCACCUCAAAUUUCAAGAAAUAAGCUUGGUCGUAUGUAUACUUCUACAAACGAUAUAAACGCUGUAAGAAUAACUGAAGUACCAGAUAUUUUAAUUCAGCCAUCAGUAAUCUUGGAUGCUCAUAUGACAAUGGAUGUAUCUUUAGGAUUAGUUGGAUGUACACCACGAGAAUUCGUUCCUAGUUAUUCAAGGAUGUAUUGUUCUACUCGUGAUCCAGAUGCAAUUAAAGUUAUCUUAGAUGAGAUAAUAGAAGUCAGUGAAAAAAUUCACAAUACAGACGAUAUAGCUAAUAUACUGACAGGAUUUGCUAUAGACACCGGUGAUAUGGUCAUUUUCUAUGUCGAAGGAGAGAAAAACGGACCGAUUUCAAGAAUAUGGGAUGUAACAAGUCGUUUUUAUCCCAUUAUUAAGCCUGUGUUUUCAUGUUCAGAACAAUAUUUAGAUAGAAUUUAUCCUGAAAUGAUAUCAGCUGUCACUCCAUUUGAUAUGCUAAAAAUGGUGAUCCCGUUAAACACUCUUCUAAAGUGUCCGCAAGCAUAUGUGAAGCCUGCUUUACCAUUACCUGCUAAAUCCGCAUUGGUGAAAAUUGUUCGGCUAGUUGCAAGUAAAAUUAAAGUAAUACCUUUUAAAAACGAAAUGCCGACCAGCGAAGAACUAAACAGUUUUAGACUUGAGCUAUGUAAGCCGUUACAUCACAGAUCAAAAUGA